UAUUUCUAUUUGUGUGCUAACUAAAUAAAAUUUAUUAAAUAUGCGUCCUAAAACAAAUGUGCUUUUAAGUUCAUACAAUCAAAAUGGUAAUUUAACAAAUGGUGUUACAAGUACAGCAUCUCCAAGUCCACCUGCUGUCUAUUCGAAUAUUGCUGAAAAUAACAAUAUUGUUGAUGUUACAAAAGAGAUACGAGAACAUUGUCAAGUAUGGAUAAUGUCAGAUGAACAAAAUAAAAAACAAGGCGAAUUAUUUUUAGAUAACAUAAAACGUGGUUUAGGAAAAGAUACACAUGCAAAAGCAAUCACAAAAUGUUUUGUCACUUACGUAACAGAUUUACCAGAUGGCACAGAACAAGGAAAAAUUCUAGCAUUGGAUUUAGGUGGUACGAAUUUCCGAGUUUUAAUGAUUGAAUUAAAAGGUAAAGGUCAACCUGAUAUGACAUCUGAAAUUUAUGCUAUACCACAAGAAAUAAUGACUGGACCCGGGGUUAAUUUAUUCGAUCAUAUUGCAACUUGUUUAGGCGAUUUUAUCAAAAAUCACAAAUUAGAAGACCAAGUAUUACCUUUAGGAUUUACAUUCAGUUUUCCAUUAAAGCAACAGGGCUUAAAGAAAGGUGUUUUAGAACGUUGGACAAAAGGUUUCAGUUGUGAUGGUGUUGUUGGUCAGGAAGUCGUAGGAAUGUUAGAAACUGCUAUUAAUAAAGCUGGAUUACAAAAUGUACAAACAACUGCAUUAAUAAAUGAUACAACAGGCGCAUUAAUUAAUUGUGCCAGUAUAAAACAUGACUGUAAAAUAGCUUUAAUAGUUGGAACUGGUACAAAUGCUUGUUACGUAGAAAGAAUUGAAAAUGCAGAAUGUUAUGAAGGUGAUAAAACUGGGGUAACUCAUGUAAUUAUCAAUUGUGAAUCGGGUGCAUUUGGUGACGAUGGAUGCUUAGAAUUUAUGCGAAAUGAAUAUGAUGAGACUGUUGAUGCCAAUUCAAUAAAUCCAAAAUUGCAAUUAUUUGAAAAGAUGAUAUCUGGAAUGUAUUUGGGUGAAUUAGUACGGCUAACAGCAAAAAAAGCUAUUGAAAAGGGAAUACUCUUUGAUGGUAAAUCAUCUGAUAAAUUUGAUGAACGCAAUUCAUUUGAAACUAAAUUUGUAUCAGACAUUGAGAGUGAAACCAGAGGCACUUUUACCGAAUGUCAUGCAAUCUUAGCAUCAUUAGGAUUAGGAAAUGCUACAGAUCAAGACUGUGCAAAUUUGCGAUAUAUUUGUGAAGUUGUAACAGCUAGAGCUGCACAUAUAGUCUCAGUAAACUUAGCAACAUUAAUCAAUAAAAUCGUACGUGAAAGUGAUAAAGGUUUAAGUGAAACGGUUACAGUUGGUAUUGAUGGUUCUGUAUACCGAUUUCAUCCCAAGUUUCAUGAUCUUAUGAUGAAGAAAAUGUCUCAAUUAGUUACACCUGGUGUUAAAUUUGGUAUUACAUUGUCGGAAGAUGGUAGUGGAAUUGGAGCAGCCAUUAUUGCAGCUUCUGCUGCAGCAAAGAAAAGAAUAGGAAAUUGAAAAACAUCCCUGCAUAUAAUUUGUUGUUGUAAUUAUAUUGAGUACUGCUGGUUUGGACUCUUUUCAUAUUAAUUUUGAGACAAUACUUCGUGAUUUUGGUUUUGUUCAAUUUAAUCAUAACAUGUUUGGGUUUUUGCUCAACAUUGUACGCACAAACAUCUCUUUUUAAUGUAUUCAUUUUAUGUUUCAUACCUUUAAAAUUUAAAUAAUAAUUAGGAGAGAUAGUUGCAUUUCGAAUUAAUUUUCGAUUUAAGUUCCUCAAUUAACGAAGUGUGUUAUGAUUAUUCGAACAAAAUUGAAAUCGUUUAGAAUAACAAAUUAUUUUGGAAAAACUUUUUAAGAUUUAUUAA